AUGGAUCUAGAUGUUGCUAUAAUGUUCAAUGUUCUUGCUCUUAUUUAUAGUGAUCAAUCAAAAUUUAAAGAAGUGGAUGUUUCACUUAAAGAUACAUUAACUAUUCGCGAGAAAAUACUUGAACCUGAUCAUCCAGCUGUAGCAGCUACAUUAAAUAAUCUAGCUGUUCUUUAUAGUACCUUUUAUCAAUGCAUUCCAUCUAUUACAAUACUAAUUUUUUUGAUCUAG